GCGCCCGUGGCUCCGCCCUUCGCCCCGUCGCCUUCGCCUUCGUAUCCCGGCUUCCUCUCCGCGCGCCAGCCUGUCUUGACCCUACCUGCUCUCCGCCUCCCCCGACCCCUCGCACCCUGGGAGCUUCCUCCCGGUCUGGCCGCUUCUGCCCUGGGACCUGCCCUGGAGCUGGGGCUCCUUGCCACCCCGUCAUCCCAGCAGCCCAUCUAUAUUUCAGAAUUUCUUUUAACGCCUUUGUGCUACUGGAAGACAAGACCCUGGAGGCAAAAAAUAAUCCUGGUCCCUUGGUCUCCUUCCUGCAGGCCCUGUCCACCUGUGCUGGCCUGGUUUGAGGAAGGCGAAGAGACUGUCACCGCCUUUGUCGAGCCCUUUGUCAUCCUCCUGAUCCUCAUUGCCAAUGCCAUUGUGGGGGUCUGGCAGGAGCGUAAUGCAGAGAACGCCAUUGAGGCCCUGAAGGAGUAUGAACCUGAGAUGGGGAAGGUCUACCGGGCUGACCGAAAGUCAGUGCAGAGGAUCAAGGCUCGGGACAUGGUCCCCGGGGACAUUGUGGAGGUGGCUGUGGGAGACAAAGUCCCCGCAGACAUCCGGAUCCUUUCCAUCAAAUCCACUACCCUCCGGGUGGAUCAGUCCAUCCUGACAGGCGAGUCUGUGUCUGUCAUCAAGCACACAGAUCCCAUCCCCGAUCCCCGAGCCGUCAACCAGGACAAGAAGAACAUGCUUUUCUCGGGCACCAACAUUGCAGCUGGCAAGGCCGUGGGGAUCGUGGCCACCACCGGCGUGAACACGGAGAUCGGGAAGAUCCGUGACCAGAUGGCGGCCACAGAGCAGGACAAGACCCCUCUGCAGCAGAAGCUCGAUGAGUUCGGGGAGCAGCUCUCCAAGGUCAUUUCCCUCAUCUGCGUGGCCGUGUGGCUCAUCAACAUUGGCCACUUCAAUGACCCUGUCCACGGGGGAUCCUGGUUCCGAGGAGCCAUCUACUACUUUAAGAUCGCCGUGGCGCUGGCUGUGGCUGCCAUCCCAGAAGGUCUUCCUGCCGUCAUCACCACCUGCCUGGCCCUGGGCACCCGCCGGAUGGCGAAGAAGAAUGCCAUCGUGAGGAGCUUGCCCUCUGUGGAGACCCUGGGCUGCACGUCUGUCAUCUGCUCCGACAAGACCGGCACCCUCACCACCAACCAGAUGUCAGUGUGCAAGAUGUUCAUCGUCGACAAGGUGGAUGGGGACAUCUGCCUGCUGAACGAGUUCUCCAUCACUGGCUCCACUUAUGCUCCGGAGGGAGAGGUCAUGAAGAACGAUAAGCCAGUCCGUGCAGGGCAGUAUGAUGGGCUGGUGGAGCUGGCCACCAUUUGUGCCCUGUGCAAUGACUCCUCCUUGGACUUCAACGAGGCCAAGGGCGUCUAUGAGAAGGUCGGCGAGGCCACGGAGACAGCACUCACCACCCUGGUGGAGAAGAUGAAUGUGUUCAACACUGACGUGAGAAGCCUCUCGAAGGUGGAGAGGGCCAACGCCUGCAACUCCGUGAUCCGCCAGCUAAUGAGGAAGGAGUUCACCCUGGAGUUCUCCCGAGACCGCAAGUCCAUGUCGGUCUACUGCUCCCCCGCCAAGUCUUCCCGGGCUUCUGUGGGCAACAAGAUGUUUGUGAAGGGCGCCCCCGAGGGGGUCAUCGACCGCUGUAACUAUGUGCGAGUGGGCACCACCCGUGUGCCACUGACGGGGCCCGUGAAGGAGAAGAUCCUGUCGGUGAUCAAGGAGUGGGGCACCGGCCGGGACACCCUGCGCUGCCUGGCCCUGGCCACCCGCGACUCUCCCCCAAAGCGAGAAGAGAUGGUCCUGGAUGACUCCUCCAAGUUUAUGGAGUACGAGAUGGACCUAACAUUCAUUGGCGUGGUCGGCAUGCUGGACCCGCCACGCAAGGAGGUCACAGGCUCCAUCCAGCUGUGCCGUGACGCUGGGAUCCGGGUGAUCAUGAUCACUGGAGACAACAAGGGCACAGCCAUCGCCAUCUGUCGAAGAAUUGGCAUCUUUUCAGAGAGCGAGGAGGUGACCGACCGAGCCUACACCGGCCGAGAGUUCGACGACCUGCCCCUGGCUGAGCAGCGGGAUGCCUGCCGCCGCGCCUGCUGCUUCGCCCGCGUGGAGCCCUCACACAAGUCCAAGAUCGUGGAGUACCUGCAGUCCUACGAUGAGAUCACGGCCAUGACGGGGGAUGGCGUGAAUGAUGCCCCUGCCCUGAAGAAGGCUGAGAUCGGCAUCGCCAUGGGCUCUGGCACUGCCGUGGCCAAGACAGCCUCUGAGAUGGUGCUGGCCGACGACAACUUCUCCACCAUCGUGGCUGCCGUGGAGGAGGGCCGCGCCAUCUACAACAACAUGAAGCAGUUCAUCCGCUACCUCAUCUCCUCCAACGUGGGAGAGGUGGUCUGCAUCUUCCUGACAGCUGCCUUGGGGCUGCCUGAGGCCCUGAUCCCAGUGCAGCUGCUGUGGGUGAACUUGGUGACUGAUGGGCUCCCGGCCACAGCCCUGGGCUUCAACCCCCCAGACCUGGACAUCAUGGACCGGCCACCCCGGAGUCCCAAGGAGCCCCUCAUCAGCGGCUGGCUCUUCUUCCGCUACAUGGCCAUCGGCGGUUACGUGGGUGCAGCCACCGUGGGAGCAGCUGCCUGGUGGUUCUUGUAUGCAGAUGAUGGACCUCACGUCUCCUACUACCAGCUGACGCACUUCAUGCAGUGCACCGAGCACAAUGCUGAGUUUGGGGGUCUGGACUGUGAGGUUUUUGAGGCCCCCGAGCCUAUGACCAUGGCCUUGUCUGUGCUGGUCACCAUUGAGAUGUGCAACGCUCUCAACAGCCUGUCUGAAAACCAGUCCCUGGUGCGGAUGCCGCCCUGGGUGAACGUCUGGCUGCUGGGCUCCAUCUGCCUAUCCAUGUCUCUCCACUUCCUCAUCCUCUAUGUCGACCCUCUGCCGAUGAUCUUCAAGCUGCAGCCCCUGACCGUCACGCAGUGGCUCAUGGUCCUCAAGAUCUCCCUCCCUGUUAUCGGGCUAGACGAAAUCCUCAAAUUCGUUGCCCGGAACUACCUGGAGGAUCCGGAAGAUGAGAGAAGGAAGUAACCAGCCCUUUGCCCCUUCUUCCCACCCUGAUAGCGACGCAUCUUCAGCCAGAGCUGUGGCACAGACCCCUCCCUCACCCGCACGUUUGUUUAUAAAUAUGGGGUCCCCUCCCUCCCCGCCCCACUCCGCACCCCACCCUGUAACCAUGCUCCCCAGACCCCACGGGGCUUGCAGGGACAAGGCGACUGAGCCGAGCU